AUGUCAGUGGAGUCUGCCGCGGCUGGUAUGCCAGGAUCUCAAGACCCUGGACGGCCGGGCAUGGCCCAAUUGCCGCGAGAAAUCUUUUGGAUGGUCUUGAGCCAUCUUCGCCCCAGGGACAUUGUGCGUUGCCGUCUAGUGUCGCAGUCAUGGAAUGUGGCGUUCGGUAACUCCGCAAAUCUGAUUCCCGUGCUGAAGGACUAUUUCCCACUAGCCAAAGAAGUCAGGGCACUCCACGACGAUGGCAGAUCGAGUCCAACUCUGGCCACGGCAGAAGAGAACAAACACUGGCGCAGACUCUUCGACCGGAUUGCUGCGAGGUAUGACCACCUCGAGCGCGGCAAGCCUCGGUCGGUGCAGAAAUUCAAGCUCUGCGAGGAUUUCGGCAGCUCCGGAGACAGGGAAUGGUUUCCCGUGCAGCCGUGGGAUAUGCACUCCAGCCAUCUAAUGCAGCGUGUCGAUUGUCCCUUUUUGGAACCAUUUUGGACGUAUGAAGAUGGCCUUGUGGUCUACCCCAGCGCGGAUCACUCGGCCCUGGCCCUCCUGGAUUUGAAGAGCGAUCGGAAAUUCAUGGUUCCUUUUAUGAUCACCGGCAAGGUCAUGCGCAGGAUUCGAUUACAAAAGAGACUCCUCGUCGUCGAGUGGGCGGAACCCAAGGCUUUUCACUGGUUGAAUGACAGUGACGGGGUCCACCGCCAUUUUGCGUCGUCGUUUGAUAUCAACAAGACGUCGAGCGGCUGGUCGGUCACUUUCCGGAACGAAUGGAAGAUCAUGUUCCUUGGUCAUCCGUUGAGCGAGAGGGAUAGGUUCUAUUCCUCCCACAGCCAAACGCAUUACGCAAUCUACAUCUGGCAACCCAAUCGCAGUUUGUACACGGCGGAUGAGGAUGCUCCCAUUGAGUCGCUGUCCGUUUGGGACAUUUCCAAACCAUCGAGCUAUAGACCAUCUUUGGAUCCUUUUGGACGUCUGCGACAGGACGGGGAAGGUGAUAGCCCCUCUAUCAUCACCCGGUUUGGAUUUAGGGAGUUGGGCUUCCAUUCCGUUAGGCAACGGGGGCUUCCUGGCAUACAGUCCCUAAAUAUAACCGAUGAUGAUCGGUCAAUUGAGAUUGUGGAAAACCAUUGCACGGGGCCGAUGGACCGGCUUGUUGGGCCGGCCGAGUGGACUUCGGAAGUGCAAGUCACCAGCCUUCCUAUCAUUGGGAACGGGCCCUGUUGGAGGCGCUAUGCCGACCCGACGCUGCCUCCUUAUCGCGGGAAUAGCAGUCUCCAGACCAAGCCGCUCACGUUUGCCGUCUGUGACGAGCCUUGGUAUGCCAUUGUUUCCGAGGUGCUUGAUGAGGAGGCACAGGUUGGCUUUUGCCUCCAUUUGUCGCCGAUUACGUGGCCCUUCGAUUUGAAUAUGUUUCUUACCAUUCGGACACCAACAUCCACUCUUACCCUCAAGCAGGACGAAGUCUUCGAGCUUGUGGGAAGAGGCAAGAUUCACGGGAAUGAACAUUAUCUGGUCGGAGAGAAUGGGAAUUGCGAGCUUGUUGUCUACAGGUUUGAUCGAUAA